UGCACUCACCGUCGCCAGCGCCAUUCAGUGCAGCGUGCAGUGACAAAUUGCACUGCGCCGCGAUUGUUCGGUUAACACACAUGAAAAAUUCAAAAUUCGAAACCGAAGUUUGAGCGAAGGUCAAAUUGUUACUAAAUUUAAUGGCAUUAUUUUUGAAAUAGCCCAUUUUAUUAAUGUUUUUCGUUGUGUUUAUAUACUUUUAUUUUGUUCUGUGUUCUAUUUUGAAGUUUAGUUCUGUAUUAAGUUGAAACUUGCUAUGGCUGAAGGUAAUGGUGAAGUGUCGGAAGAGCCAAUGAAGAUCGAACCGGACACAGAAAAGACAGAGGACUACCAGAAACUGAUAGAGUAUGGUCUCGACGAGAAGGUGGCGGCUAAACUUGACGAGAUUUACAAGACUGGAAAAUUGGCCCAUGUCGAUCUGGACGAGAGGGCCCUGGACGCCCUGAAGGAGUUCCCGGUGGACGGGGCCCUGAACGUCCUCGGUCAAUUUUUAGACUCUAACUUGGAACAUGUUUCAAACAAAUCGGCCUAUCUGUGUGGCGUCAUGAAGACGUACAGACAGAAGAGCCGAGCUGGUUCCAGCCAGGGCGUAGCCGCUCCGACGCCCGCUCCUGUUACGAAAGGACCGGACGAGGAGAAAAUUAAGCAAAUUUUAGAUAGGACAGGUUAUACGUUAGAUGUCACAACAGGUCAACGUAAGUAUGGUGGACCGCCACCCGAUUGGGAUGGUGCGCCACCUGGUUCUGGUUGUGAGGUAUUUUGCGGCAAAAUACCGAAAGACAUGUAUGAGGACGAGCUCAUACCGCUUUUCGAGCAGUGUGGCACAAUCUGGGACCUCAGAUUAAUGAUGGACCCUAUGACUGGCACUAAUAGAGGGUAUGCUUUUGUAACUUUUACGACGAGAGAGGCCGCACAGAACGCAGUUCAAAAGCUUGAUAAUCAUGAAAUCAAACCCGGAAAGACUCUGAAAAUUAACAUUAGUGUACCAAAUCUGCGGCUUUUCGUUGGAAACAUACCAAAGUCAAAAGGCAAAGAGGAGAUACUGGAAGAGUUUGGUAAAUUGACAGCUGGCCUCAACGAAGUCAUCAUAUACAGUUCGCCGGACGAUAAGAAGAAGAAUAGAGGAUUCUGUUUCCUGGAGUACGAGUCUCACAAAGCUGCCUCAUUGGCCAAACGACGCCUCGGUACGGGCCGUAUCAAGGUGUGGGGCUGUGACAUAAUUGUGGACUGGGCCGAUCCCCAGGAGGAACCCGACGAACAGACCAUGUCGAAAGUGAAGGUCCUCUACGUACGAAACUUGACGCAGGAUAUCACGGAGGAGAAACUGAAGGAGGUAUUUGAGGCGCACGGGAAGGUUGAGAGGGUUAAGAAGAUCAAAGAUUACGCCUUCAUCCACUUCGAGGACAGGGAUAACGCUGUGAAGGCGAUGCACGCGCUGGACUCGACAGAAAUGGGAGGUUCUAACAUCGAAGUAUCGCUGGCCAAACCGCCGUCCGACAAGAAGAAGAAAGAGGAGAUCCUCAGGGCCAGGGAGAGGAGGAUGAUGCAGAUGAUGCAAGUGAGAGGAGGAAUGAUGCCCGCAGCGAUGCCCAUGAGAGGAGGUCCCCCCGGUGCGGGUGGGCCAAGGACGGGUCCAGGGAUGAGGUCGAUGGGCCGUGGCGAUUACGAUUACGAUUACGACUAUUACGGGUACGGUGAUUAUAGAGGCGGCUACAGCGAUCCAUAUUAUGAUGACUAUUACCGGUAUGAGGAGUACUAUUACGAUUACCCGCCGGCUCCACCGCAGGCAAGAGGGAGAGGGCGGCAACCACAACCGGAACUGGAAGAAGGAGGCACGUUGAAUUCGAGCAGCGUGUACUAUGAUGUAAGCAAUGGGACACAGGCUGGCCGUGGGCGUGGGGUGGUAGCACGUGGCCGAGCAGGUGGGCCCCCAGCCCGUGGAGUAGCGGCCAACCGAGUGGGCCGGGGAGGAGCAGCAGGGGGACGUGGGGCACCACGCCAAACCGCUCGUGGAGUGGGUCGCGCCAAGGGAAAUUUACCAGGUGAUGUUUCAGCAGGUAAACGUAAAUUCGACGGGGGUCACCAGAACCAGGGGGAGACAAAGCGCAGAUUUCAGAGCAAUUGGGGUAGCCAGCCCCUACAGCAACAGCCGCUGGGGAUGGACAUCAAUGGAGAUCAGCAGGCAUGGUACCAGGAUUCCUACAGCUCCUGGAGCUAAGUGAUCGGACUGUGCAACCCACGGUGAACUGAGUGCAAGUGGCCCUUCGUCUAGCUACAAGUAGGUGUGCACACGUCUAGUGCCUGCUGGUGUGUACCUACAAUCUCUUCAUAGCAUAUCCCAACAGCAACGUAAAAUGAUGUCCCUUAUCUAAUUUAAUUAAUUACCUAUCUGCAUUCGUUUUUAUAUUUGUUGAGUUGAUUGAUGAUGCUCUUAUACAAUGUUGGAAUUUUCAAAAUUUUUAAAUGUAAAUUUGUUUUUGAUUACUUUAUAAAUUAAAUUGUGGAAGUUACGUUUUUAUGUUUUUUGAGAUGAUAAUGUUGUUAGGGCAAGCGUGCCCUUGUCUGGCGUCUUAUUUCAUCGUAGGGUUUAGCGCUUGCUUAGUUUUUCUUUUUUGGUUAAUUUUUGUGUAGUCUGAAGCUACAAGUGUUUGUAUUGUUGAGCUUCAGUCCGCACGUGUUACAUGUUUUCCUCUUUCGAUUGUAUCUUUUAAAAACCCAAUAUACCAGGUGUCACAUCAGUGCGAUAUUUUUCGAUCGUUUUUUUAUUAUUAUCGAAAUGGAAUAUAUUCAUUAAAAGCAUAGAUUUGGCACUUUGAGCAGAGGCAGGCACCUGUUGACAGCUAGCUCUGCUCACGUUGGGUAUGGAGGGGAUUGUGCUCGGCUCAUGCAGUGGUAUGAAAACCGAUAAUCAUGAAACGAGUGAGUUUUUAUUAUAUGUAUAAUAAUUCGAUCAUAAUGUUCUAUUCCUGCAAGUGCAUUUCAAUGCAUUGUGAUGUAUUUUAGCAGUACUACUUAGGAGUCCAAAAAAAGCAUGUACUCUGUUUUCUAAAAAUAAUUUUUGAGAACGCGAAUAAUCAGCUCCAAGCAGGACAUAAACAUUCAAGCUGAAAAUGAAUUGUUUUUAAUUCAAUGUUUAGUUUGUACACGGAAUUGAAUUCUGAUUUAUAAUCUAUAUUCUUCUAUGUUAUUAUAUUUAAUUUUGGUAAUCGAUAAUCUAUUUAAUUUGUAUAUAUAGAAAUUAUGCAACAGGUGCUAGACAUUUGAAUUCUGAGACAAACAUUGUUCGAGUUGUGACCCCAAAUUGCAUUAUUGAAUUCCACUAAGAAUUGUUUAUAUUUGAUAACUAAUCCGACCAUAGCACCCACGCACAUUUUCAAUUACAAAAUGUUCUCUCCCAUUAAUCAGUAGUUAAGUUUUUCUUCUUUUUUUUUUAAUUGUAUUUACUGAAAACGCCUGAUAUAUGUAUAAUUUAUUGCUCCCGGCUGAUUUUGUAAACGUUAACCCGCAGUUUCCCCCGGUUUUCUACCCGUUCCACUUCGACAUCAGUUUUAGAGGCGUUUUAACUCUGAUAUUGUUAAUUGACUAAAAAUAAUCUGUAGAAAAACGAACAACAAUCUGAUCGAUUCAAUUGUUAGUGAUUUUACAACGGUGUAAUCCGAUUCUCGCACUGUUCCACUUACCAAAUAUCCUGUGUUCCACAGAUUUUCAAACAUGCACCUUUUUUCCGUACUAAUCCAUUCAAUGCCGUUUUUUAUUAUUUCAUUGUCAUUUUACUUAUAUUAAUUGUGUUUUAUUUUCAUUGAUAUUACUGAUACUGUUUUGUUUUUGAGACCACCUGCUUCCGAAAGUUUUAGGUAUAUUUGUCCGUCAUUUAAAAAGAGAGGACUGAUUUACAUGUCUUAAUAAACAGUUGUAUGUGUAUUACAUUUUAAAA